CUCCGACUUGACGAGCGAGCUCCAGUGUGAAGCUCCUGUGACGGCACCGCACGCAAUCCAGCAACACCACGCCUCUCCACUCUCCACUCCACCGCCACCAUGUUCAAAGCUACCCGUGCCAUGGCCAUGCGCCCUUCGGCCAUGAUGAUGAUGCGCCAGACGCCCAGGAUGACGAUGCGCGCAAGCCCCCAGCUCUUUGUGCGCCAGACACUGCAGAUGCGCAGUCCUGUCCCCAAGCAGGAGCAGGGCGCCCACACUGCCUCGCAGCGCCUGCGUCAGCUCAAGAACAUCCCCACUGAGAUUUGGCCUCUGAUCAUCGUCCUCGGCGUUGCCGUCGUGAUGGCCUUCUUUUCCCUUGCCAGGAAACUUUGGGUUGACAAGACCCUCCGCCUCAAGAGGCAGGGUAAGGAGCAGUAGACUUCCGUUAUCAAAUUGGAUCCUUCUGGGCGAACGAGCUUUGUGUAUACAACAGCUGGACAUGUAGACUAUUACCGAAAACUGAAUCGAACAUGGGUUUUCCUUUGUGCUGC